GAAGCCGCAGGCGCCAUGCUGAGUGCGGGCACGGGCGGGCGGCUGGCUGGCGCCACGGGGCCAUGUCGAGUAAGGGCAGCCUCGGGGCGUAGUAGAUGCAGGGCCCUCCCGGCCGCCAUAGGGAACGACUCAGGACCGCUCCAAGCCAGGCGGGGGCGCCUCGUCGCUUCUGACAGAAACAGAGGCUUCAUCGGGGCCUGGAGGACUCUGGACCCGUGCUGGGCAUCCAUCAACCGGGGGGUCUUGAUCUGCGAUGAGUGCUGCAGCGUCCACCGGAGCCUGGGUCGCCACAUCUCCCAAGUCAAGCACCUCAAGCACACGCCGUGGCCCUCGACAUUGCUGCAGAUGGUGGAGACCUUGUACAAUAAUGGCGCCAACUCCAUCUGGGAGCAUUCCUUGCUGGACCCUGCAUCCGUCAUGAGCGGAAGGCGCAAAGCGAACCCCCAGGACAAAGUGCACCCUAACAAAGCAGAGUUCAUCCGAGCAAAAUAUCAGAUGCUGGCCUUUGUGCACCGCUUGCCGUGUCGGGACGAUGAUAGCGUCACUGCCAAGGACCUGAGCAAGCAACUUCAUUCUAGCGUGAGGACCGGGAACUUGGAGACGUGUUUGCGGCUGCUCUCUCUGGGGGCUCAGGCCAACUUUUUCCACCCAGAGAAAGGAAAUACUCCGCUUCAUGUGGCUGCCAAAACCGGUCAGAUUUUACAAGCGGAAUUGCUGGCCGUGUAUGGGGCUGAUCCUGGCACCCAGGACUCCAGCGGAAAGUCGCCCGUGGACUAUGCAAAACAAGGCGGGUAUCAUGAACUGGCAGAACGUCUGGUGGAGAUCCAGUAUGAGCUGACUGACCGGCUGGCAUUCUACCUUUGUGGGCGAAGACCUGAUCACAAAAGUGGGCAGCAUUUCAUUAUACCUCAGAUGGCAGACAGGCAGCUUUUAGAUUUGUCUGAACUCGCCAAAGCAGCAAAAAAGAAGCUUCAGUCGCUGAGCAACCACCUGUUUGAGGAGCUAGCCAUGGAUGUCUACGACGAGGUGGACAGGCGGGAGACAGACGCAGUUUGGCUUGCUACUCAGAACCACAGCACGCUGGUCACGGAGACAACGGUGGUCCCUUUCCUCCCUGUAAAUCCGGAGUAUUCCUCAACAAGGAACCAGGGGAGGCAGAAGUUGGCCCGCUUCAACGCCCACGAGUUUGCCACCCUCGUCAUUGACAUCCUGGGGGAUGCCAAGCGGAGGCAGCAGGGAAACCCUGUCCCGAGUUCUAAAGAAAACGUGGAACUCAUCCUGAAGUCCAUCAGCAGCCAGCACAGCACAGAGAGCCAGGAGAACGACCAGCCCGACUACGACAGCGUCGCCUCCGACGAGGAGGGGGAUCUGGGGACGAGCGUGGCCAAGGCGGCUCGCCAAAAGAGCCUGGAUUCAGACUUGUCUGACGGGCCGGUCACGACACAGGAAUACCUGCAGAUUAAAAAUGCCCUGGUGGUUUCGGAGGCGAAAAUCCAGCAGCUCCUGAAGGUGAACGUCCACUUGAGCGAUGAGCUGAGGACCACGCAGAAGAAGCUUCAGACCCUGCAGAGCGAGAACUCGACCCUCCGGAGGCAGGCCACCCCCAGUGCCCACCAGACUCCAAGUGGCUCUGAAUACGCAGACCCCGGUGGCCACUCCUCGCUGAAGCGUCGGCCCUCUGCGCGUAGCAGCAGGCCCAUGUCCAUGUAUGAGACGGGAUCAGGUCAGAAGGCCUACCUGCCCCUGGGUGAGGUCUCGUACCCUGAAGAGCACGUGACCGCACGGCUGCAGCCUUUCCCUGCCCAUAUUGGGAGGAGUGGGUUGGUGACCACCACCUCUUCAUCCAUGCCCUCCUUCCCCUCCAUGCUUUCCUGGUCCAGAGAUGAAAGCGCACAAAGGGCCUCCAAGCUGGAGAAGCAGAGCAGUGCGCCCGAAGGCGACUAUGACAACGCUUUCCCUGGGCUAGAGCUGGACGAGACGGGAUCCUCCAGGAAAGCAAAGCAGCGGAGUGCCCUCUGGCAGGGGGAGGGGCUCAUCCCCGAGGGCAAGGACCCCGACGCCAGGGCCAGCCUGCCGAGCACAGAGGAUGUCAUCCGGAAGACGGAGCAGAUCACCAAGAACAUCCAGGAGCUGCUCCGUGCAGCGCAAGAGAACAAGCACGACAGUUACAUACCCUGCUCGGAAAGAAUCCACGUGGCAGUGACGGAGAUGGCCGACCUCUUUUCAAAACCCUCUGAUCAGGCCAACCUCCCCAUCUCACCCCCCACAGAAGCAGAUCCUCCUCCUUUGCCCUGGCCAAGCUGUGCACCCUGGAGAGAAAAACCCAAAUCGGAGCUGGUCCGGCCCUCCCUGCGCCUGCUGACCGCCAGUGCCUACCGCCUGCAUUCCGAGUGCAAGAAGACGCUGCCUCCAGAGUCCUGCCCGACGGCCGACAUCCAGCUGGUCACCCAGCAGGUGAUCCAGUGUGCCUACGACAUCGCCAAGGCCGCCAAGCAGCUGGUCACCAUCACCACCAAAGAGAACAACAACUGAGGCCGGAUGCGGCCAGGCUGGGCAGCCGCCCGUGUCUUCGUGGGAAGGCAGAAGAUGGUGCACCGCCAUUUUUAAAGGAACUUCAGUAUUAUUUUUUGCAUGUUUUUCUAAACCGUUCUUUCCCAGGAUUCAUGUAACCCACUGCCUUAUUUUGUGCCUGUAUCGCCAGUGUAGAGAGAGCGGGGCGGGGGUUUGAGCCCUGUCUUCACAUCACCAGCUCUUGCAGGAUUCAUUGAGGGAGCGGGGGAAGAGUCAGGCCUUGUAACCUGGGCCCCAGUUCUGAACGCCAGGACAAGUGUCGGAGGCUGCCCCCCCCCCCCCGAAGACUGCCAUGCAACCACUGGAUACCCCCUCACCACUCAGUGGCUCAUACCACUACCUUCUGCCCCGCCCCUCUAGUCAGCCCGCUUGGCCCUCCAGGGCCAGCCCUUAUGCAGGGGGAACCUUUGUUGGUCCUCGUCAAACGGGCUGCCGCCAAUCUGGGCCAGCUGUUACUUUCUGUUACUGGGAGUUGAAUGGAGUGUCAGUGGGAUUCCUUCACUUGGACAUGGAUUGUGAUGUUAGUUCAUUGCAAGGAGUUGCUUUUGUCCUCCCCCCCCUGCGCCGCCCCCCGAACCUUGUUCCCUCUGGAGAAGGUGGAUGGUGGGAGGAACAGUAGACAUGGGGCAGCGCGAAUGUCUGAGAGAUCUUUGGUGGAAAACAGGGCCGGCUGUGCACGUGUGUGCGGGACUCAGGGCUGGGAGAGAGACUCGGUCAGGGCACGGGGCGGUCCUGGGUUGAGAGGCAAGUGUGCUCUCUUCACUGGAAACAAACUUCCUUCUCAGGCAGUCCCGCUCUGUGUUCUCCACAGCCCUUCCGCAUAGUGGCUGCCGGAGCCCCUGUUCCGGCUGCCACAUUUCCGUCCAACCUUGGUGGUCUUUCUGCACUUGAGGCUUCCUAGAAAAGGACCAUUGCCAGGACUUGGGUCCCCGCAAGCUCCCUAGCCAGUGGAAAAUGGGGUAGAAGUGGGAAGGGUGGGGGCUUCUUGGAAAGUUUGAGGGGGCCUGUUGGUAGCAGGGGUUGCUGGAGAUGCUUGGAAAGCAACUCCAAGAUCAUUGGGUUGGCUGCUUCCAUCACCUGUCCAGGGGUCUGCAACCUGUGGCUCUCCAGAUGUUCAUGGACUACAAUUCCCAUCAGCCCCUCUUGGCCAUGCUGGCAGGGGCUGAUGGGAAUUGUAGUCCAAGGACAUCUGGAGAGCCACAGGUUGCAGACCCCUGGUUUAGACAAUCGGUAUUCAAGUGAAGAAGAACCCUCUAAAAUUCCAAAAAGAGUCCCACAGAAAUCAAUAAGGCUCAACUUUGUUGUGAGAAAUCUGCCUCCUUGGCGUUGCUGGUGGGACUUCAGGGUGGCUGCGGAUGGAGGCGAAAGUCUGCUCGGCCUACGCCCCGCUCUGCUGUGAAGCUCCUGACACAAGAACUGCUGAAUGCGUCCCUGACGCUUUCCGUGGCAUGGCUUGACUUUUUGCACAGGAUCUGGCUACAGUUGGUUCUCCCAGGAAAAAAAUGCUUCCCCCCCCCCCCUUCAUCACAGCAGCUGUGCGGUGCUAAGUGGUGGGAAUCCUGCAUUCCCAGGCAGAAACUCAGCUGUGUGACUGAAUCACUGGGCAAAGAAGCAGCCCAGGACAAGCCCCAGACCCUGGAGAUGGUAAAUCCAGGCAGUGGGCAAACCCACGGCUGUAAAAUAUCCUCCCCCAGUGAAGCCCCCGGGCAUGGAAGGUAGCACGAGGGGGAACUCUGCUGCUGCUGCUGCUUCUCUCAGAGAAACGUCUUGCAUGGGUUAUGCAGCCCCGCCCCCUCUUGCUCCCUUUCUUGGUGGGCAGGGCUUGAAGGGCUCUUAAGGAAUGCCUGGCUGGGACAUGAGGAGGAGAUGGAGGAUGUGGUGUUUGGGUCCAGGUGCCGGCAGCAACUGGACAGCAACAGAGUGGGAGGGUGAGGGAUGCCUCAGCCAAGGCUUGGCUGCCUCCUCCCACAAGCUGGGCUUCAUACCAGGCUGGCUGUGGCUCACUGCAGAGCCCACUGGACCCAGGGAAGGACCAGUCCAGGUGGCUGGGGGGAAGGCAGUGCUUGGGGGGCGGGGGGGGCUUCCUCUGCAGCCACACUUGGUGAGGGGGCUGACUGGCCCUCACAUGCCUCAUAGGAAGCAGGCAGGGGUGGGGGAUCCCCACAAUGAUCAGUCCUGCUACAGGUUGUUGAGGGGUGUUUGUGUGUUUUUAACCUGUUGGUAUUUAUAUUUUUUAAAAAGUGCCAUAAUAUUGUCGUUUGCUGAUGUUACCUUGUAAUUAACUACUUUUCUGAAAAGUAUUGUACUAUUUUUGGGUUUAAAGAAAAACAAAUAGGUACAACCA